ACUAAUGUGUUUGUAAUGUAUCAUCAUGCAAGCAAGGCAAAAAAGGAAGCAACUUAGAAAAAUUCAAUGGCUGCAGCUUACUAUAUAGUGCCAAGUCCAAAAGCUUUCUCAUCUUUACCUUCCAUUCCAUCAUGUCAUCAAACACAUGUUUCAUUAUUGGGUUCAUUAGACUAUCCAUUCCAUAACUCUACUACUAGGAGAAGAAAUGUUGAGGUCAAUUUGAAGAAGAAGAACCCUUGGCUUGACCCAUUUGAUGAGGGGGAAGACCCUGAGUUGGAGUAUGGGUCCUUGUUUGCAGAUGGUAAGCAGGACGAGGAUCCGAGGCCGCCGGAUAACCCGGACAGUCCAUACGGGUACUUGAAAUUCCCUGCUGGAUAUUCAGUGGAGAUAGCUUCCUUGGGCUUGAAAGUGAGGGGAGAUGUGAGGAGGUGCUGCUGUGUGAUCGGUGGUGGUGUUUAUGAGAGCCUCUUGUUCUUUCCGGUUAUUCAGUUGAUUAAGGACAGGUACCCGGGGGUUCAGAUUGAUGUGGUGGCGGGCGAGAGGGGGAAGCAGACGUUUGAGUUGAAUAAGAAUGUGAGGUGGGCGAAUGCUUAUGACCUUGAUAAUGAUUUUCCAGAGCCAGCAGAGUAUACUGAUAUGGUUGGAGUUCUAAAGAAUAGGUAUUAUGACAUGGUCUUAAGUACCAAAUUGGCAGGCCUAGGCCAUGCAGCAUUUUUGUUUAUGACCACUGCCAGAGACAGAGUUAGCUAUAUCUACCCAAAUGUGAAUGCUGCAGGAGCAGGACUAUUUUUAUCAGAAACAUUCACACCAGAUGCUCUAAAUCUUUCAGAGGGAGGAUAUCAUAUGUAUCAUCAGAUGGUUGACUGGCUAGGAAGACCAUUUCGAAGCAUUCCAAGGGAACCUGUGCUGCCACUUAGGGUGUCAAUUUCAAGGAAGCUGAAGGAGGUUGUAGAGCAAAAAUACACAAAAGCAGGUGUAAAAAAAGGAAAAUAUAUUGUGAUUCAUGGGAUACAAUCAGAUUCAAACGCCUCAAUGCAGUCUGCGGGUGAUCCUGAUAGCUUGCUACCCAUUGAAGUGUGGGCUGAUAUUGCAGAGUCUAUAAGGGGAUUUACACCACUUUUUGUCAUUCCACAUGAGAAAGAAAGGGAAAAUGUGGAGGAAAUCGUGGGAGAAGAAGCCUCCAUUAUCUUCAUCACCACCCCUGGACAGAUGGCUGCUCUUAUUAACGACUCAGCUGGAGUUAUAGCCACCAAUACAGCUGCCAUUCAGCUUGCAAAUGCACGUGACAAGCCAAGUAUUGCACUAUUUGGCUCUGAAGAGAAGGGUAACAAGUUUGUUCCACUGGCUGAAGAGAAGAAAUGCAUUGUAAUAUCAUCCAAGACAGGGAAGUUGAUUGAUAUUGAUGUUAAGGCUGUGAAAAAUGCAAUUCAAACUUUCAGUGUGUCUUUUGCUUUAGUAUAGUAGGAGAAGGCAAUGGGAAGGUUUCUGGAGUUCAGGUUAUGUGAUUGUAUUAAUAGUAAAGGCAAUGUAUAUCACUGUAUCUACAGAUUUAUGCUCGACUUCAUGUUCCAGAUGGGAAACAAGAAUAUGAAAAUGAAAGUCAAAACACUGUUAUAAAGAGGAAGGUCUUUAAGGAUGAAAA